AUGUGCCUAUAUUUCAAGUAUAAGGGCAAGACAUGCACGGUGGUCGGUGUCUACGUGGACGAUCUGUUGGUCACGGGCACCGAACAGGGCGCUGUGGACGACUUCUUAAAAGACAUGGCCUCACUAUCGAUCAAGGAUUUGGAGGUUGUAAACAAGUUCCUCGGGCUACGAAUUGAGCUCGACAACUCGAACGGCUAUGUUCUGGAUCAAGAACCGACUAUCGACUUGCUGUUAAGAAACUUCGGGAUAGAGUCGUGCAAUGGGGUUUGCACCCCUAUCUGA